AUGUACUGCCACCGCCUCGCCGUCCCCCUUGCUCGCUCCAUCCUCGUGAGUGCCUUUUCUUUAAUUUGUUUAGAAACUGAAGAGUUCUAUCUAUACGCGAAAAUAAUUGUGCGUGGAGAAUGAGUUACUAUGCACAGCAGUUUAAGUCUCGGGAAUGUGCCGGAAAAAAAGUUAGCAUAGUUUUUUUUUUCUUCAAAAAAUAGCAACACUAAAAAUGUUUGCCUAGUCCAGUAGGGUUGUUUGUGGCGUUUUCACCUGAGAAACGGAACAUGCUUCAAAACGAAAAAUCGUGUUCAUCGGCCCGCCAAAGUUGCUUCAAAACAGUACUAAUUUUUGUUUUGGAGCAGUUUUCUUGCCUUUUGAAGCAAUUUUCGUUUUGUCCGAUAAAGACGCCAUUGAAAUGUGCUUUUUCUCGAAUCUAGGUAAAAUUGAAAUCGUCUCGAAAAAAAAAGGAUUUGUUCUCGCGAGAUCGGGUCAGAAAAAAAAACAUGGAAAAAAUGUUCUUAAAUAACGUCCGAAUGUAUUAUUUAUGACACAAAUUGAUUGAAGGAAAAAAAAAUGGACAAAAAGACAAAAAAAAAUGAGCCCCGCAAUCCAGCGCGAAGAUGCGUAUUCAAGUUUUCACCGUCGCCCGUAGGAUCCCUCGCAUGCUGAACAGGGUAACCCAGCCGUGCUAAAAUGGGUCUCAGCGGGUAUAAGCCCAGCUGAUAGAACUUUUGGCAAUUUUUAGCCCAACUGAGACCCCGUUUUAGCACAGCUGGGUUACACACUAGUUGAGACACUCAGCCAGUAUGCGGGCCCGCUGCUUGCGUACCCGGCGCAUCCAUCGACGGCUUUUUUUUUUUGUAUUUGCUAGUAGGGUCCGCAUUCAUUUUUGCUUUCAAUAUCGCACUACCAUCUGUUUUUACUCCUGUUUCACACUCAGAAAAUCUGGCUUUGUCGGGAGCGCGAGUUAAGGGGCAUUUGCCAAUAGUGUUCUAAACCUGAUGAGCUGAGCUAAUACGAAGUCGCUUUUGUUAAAGUUUUUUUUUUCUUCUAUAUUUUACCUUGGCAAAUCGUGAGUCUACAGAAAAUUUGUAUAUCAGGUCUUUGUCGGAAAUUAGUUUUUUCUGUUCGUAGAAAAGAAAAUAAAAUAGGUUGUUUAUCUAUCUUCUGAAAUUCCAUUUUUCAAUAUUUUUCUUGAAUAGCUGAGCGUGUUCGCAUAUUCGAAAAAUAGUCAUCGAUUAUUUCACCAGGUACGCAAACAAUGGAUCUUACGCGCGACGGUAAAAGUGAAAGGUUAUUUUAUCGACGGAUUGCGUUGAUCUUUUUUAAGUCAGUUUUGCGAUUAUUAAUAAAAACUAUCUGGAGGAAAAAGAAAGGGUCACAGAUUUGUUUAUCAAAAGAGAGAAAAAGUCUAUCUUGAACUGUUGUAUAUUACUAAUGAUCGAAUCAAACCAAAUUAGCGGCUUUCUAGAUAACGUGAAGAGUGAGAGUAAAAAAAGUAUGACUAAACAGGCUUGCGUUUUACCAUUAAAAACAUUUCGUUAAUAGUUCAAUUUUUAACGUCAUAAUUUUCAUUUUAAAAAAACUGAUAAAACAAAAAGGGGGUGGCGAAAAAAAGCAAAAACAAAAAAAUCUCGAUAUUCGCAUAUAUGCUCCGCUUUCCCCGACUUAAAAGGCGCGUAAACUGGAAAGGGUGACUUUUGGCGCGCGAAAUGUAUCUUUUGGCAGCAAUGGUCAUCGUAAUCAAGAAAAAAAAGUUUAUUAUUCGUGUACUGUUUUGUUCAAAUUAAUUUUUUUCAAAGCCACAUAUGACCUCGACUUUCCCACCUAUAGUAUGCGUAACGCUUAACCCUCACUCUUGCCAAUCUACUCAGAACGCCUCUCAAACUUGAUAAAAUUGACUUUAUCUACAGAAGUAUCAUAGAGAUACCUGUUAUCUAAUGAAUGAACGCCGGUGGGCCUAUGUUAAGUAGAACAAACGUGCUACCUUUUUAAGUUAAUUUUAAAAAAAUAUUGUGGGUGUAACGCAAAAAGGAAUUCUUAAUUUCAGGCCCAGAGAGCUCCCCUCGCUCUCCGAGCUGAGAACGCUGUGGCUGCUCGACUUAUGCACACCACCAUUGCUCGCAAGGAUAUUGACAGUGCUGCUAAGUACAUUGGUGCUGGAGCCGCCACCGUCGGAGUCGCUGGUUCUGGAGCUGGUAUCGGAAACGUUUUCGGCGCUCUUGUCAUCGGUUACGCUCGCAACCCAUCCCUGAAGCAGCAAUUGUUCUCGUAUGCUAUCCUUGGAUUCGCUUUGUCCGAGGCCAUGGGACUUUUCUGCCUCACUAUGGGUUUCAUGAUUUUGUUCGCUCUUUAA